GGUCCUUCAGUUUAUGGUCUACAUGCGUUACAAAUUAAUUCCCUUGCAAGGUUAAACCAGGCUUAUUACUGUGCUCUAUUUUAUCUUCGUAAUUGAGUGUUGUUUGGCAUUCACAGACAUACAUUUGGCUUGUCGCGCCGACGAAUACACGUACGUACUGGGAGGCAAUCGUGAACAGACGUGUUAAAAUACGCAACUCAUAUCGAAAGAGUUCCCCAAUUUAAUGAGCCGUGCUGAGUUAAGUUAUCUCAUCUGCUGUCAAACCACAACAGCAAUGCCAAACCAAGCCAAGGUCGCAUCUUCGUCUACGGGAAUUUGUUGUUGAUGCGCAGUAAUUAAACUGCAACCUCCAGAGCGGCGUUUUAUGGACCAUCGCUUCAACAUUGCCAUACACAAACCGGUUUCAACAGAUUUUGUUGUUGCUUUCAGAUGAACCGCUUGUCCAUAUUUUUAUUUCUUUUGACGGCCGGAAUGGAAUUUCGAUGGCACUGACAAGAAGACUGCAAACCGAUUGUAAAAUAAUCGAAGAAGGAUAUUCACAGCAACUCUUAAACGUCCACAGCAUAACGGUCUAACCACUUGCUGCGGAAUCUUUGCCCUCGAACUGAAUUCAAAAGUAUUUGUACUUUGUGUUAGUUACGCCUGGUUACUUUUCAACUAAGAUUAACUCAGGAAAUUCAUAUGCGAGAGUAAGGAGCAGGAGGGCGGAUUCAAAUAUUGCGAUUAUUCGUACCCCUCGACAGAGGGGUUGGAGGAAAUUAACGUAAUCAUGCAUGUGACACACGCAGAAAGUAAUGCUUCCACGGAAGAAGAUCAACACAACAUUUUCAUACAUCCGACUUUAAGUGCCUACUAUCAGAAUCUCACGCCAUUCAUAGCCCUUUCGAUGUUCGUCGGUUCUCUGCUGGUGCUACUCAACAUAGCUAUAUUCUCCCAUACGGUGUCGAAGAUUCGCAACAGCUGUGACCCCUGCACUCGCGUCCCGUCCAUAAUCAUGUGUUCGCUGUAUCCCAUAAUCUGUGGCGCAGCUUUCACCACCAUCAUGCUGCCAAAGGGUUGGCUAGUAUGCCACACCGUAAUGCAUAUCUGCUUUACCAUUGGUGCAGUGGUGUUUCGACAAUUGUGCUUCCGCUACGUGGGUUCUGAACUGACCUAUGCGAAAGAGAACGACGGAGCAGCGGUCGCGAUAAGUACUCCCCCCUGCUGCUGUUGCUGCCUGUGUCUGCCAGCGCUGAUGCCAUCCAAAACUAAGCUCUGCCUGCUGCGAUACAUGGUGUGGCAGAUGCCCAUUGUUCAAGGCUGCAUCAUGUUGGUGCUGAACCUCAUCUACUACCGGGAAAAGGAUCUGUACCACAGUGUCAACAUGUACUUCAUACCCUUCCUGGUCAGCUCCAUCCUUAUUGGUAUAUGGGCGCUGAACAUCGUUGUACGCAUGGUAAACUCCAUUCAUUCCGAAUAUGGAUUAAUGAAGAAGAUGUUUUGCCUCCAACUAAUCCUUCUGUUAUGCAAAUUGCAAUACAUGCUGCUGGACACUCAAUUGAAUCACAUCGAGCUGGGCGGCUAUUAUCCCAUCAACCACACAAUAUACAAGCAAACAAUAAUCAAUCUCUUAAUUUUGGUGGAAAUGGUGCUGGUGUCGCUCCUGGUGCAGAACGCCUACAAAUCACCGCCAGUCUAACUGACAAAUUGAAUGCCGAUAAAUGGACAGGCAACAAGGAAUUCCGAUUGUGAUAUACAUAUGAAUGUAUAUGUACUUAUUACUUAUGUAGCAGAGCAAACACUCACACACACACACAUUACAUGCACAUAUGAUCAUUACUGUAUAUUUAUCAAAUUAUCUAUUGCAUUAAGAGAAAAACAUCGAGCACAUUCAUUCGUACCCUUAAAAUUUAAAUUAAAUACAAAUUGUAAA